AAAACACAAUGUAAAUAUCGAAAAAACAAAGAGAGCGUGAAACCUUAUAGCAUUAACAAAUAACUCAGCAGCACGAUAAUUGAGGUCGUUAAUUGAAGCAGUGCUCGCGCAUGCGUCAAUAUAUAGCGCCAGAAUUCUAACGGAGUCUGUUUUUGCAUUCGAGACCACAAGAAUGGAUUUCAAUUUAACUACUUUCGAUUAUGUCCGAAUAAUUGCUAUGCCAUUCAUAUUUUCACCAGCUUUGUUUCUAUCAGUAAAAACAUGGCUGUUGGCUGAUAUGUUUAUUGAAUUGUUUUUAGGAAUCUUUGCUCUGUUAUUCCCGAACGAGUUUCUUCGCAGACAGGUGAGUGAAGGGACGCCUAUAGAAGCAUCACAUUUAGCUUUAAUGCGGAUAUAUGGAGCCAUUCAUGUUGGGGCAUCUUUUGUUUUAUACAAAUGUCGCAUGAGCAAGGAUGAAUCUGUUAUUGGAACAAUGAUGUGGAGUCGUAUUUUGGUGAGUUAACCUAGUUUUCUAAAUGCU